AGCCCUAGGGGUCUCUCAGACCUCGCCUUGACUCACCUCUUGCCCCCCAGCCUGACCAAAGCUUGGACCCUUGGACACAGCCUUGUGGGACUUGGCAGGGACAGAAGACCAAGCCUGCUGUGUACUCUGAGGGUCCUGACCCUGGGAAGCCCUUUCCUGGCCCCUGCCUCAUCACCCAGCAAGGCCUCUGGAUGCCCCAAGAUUGGUCCGCAUGCCCCUACGCUACUCAGACCCUCUCCAGGACUCCAGUUCUUCAAGAAACCCAUGGAAACACCCCUUUUGUGCUACCACAACACACGGCCCAGGCUCCGGGAGACAGAGCUGGACAGAGACAUUUCUAAACCACGGGGUCAGCGCUCAGAGUCGUCCCGCGUCUGAGUCCCGGGCCCCAGAACUCCCGGGACCCGGCCACGCCCGAGUGCCCGUCCGUCGCAGCCCGUGGCACGCCCUCUAUGCAAAUUUAAGCCCCGCCCAAUCAGCUCCCGGGGGCGGGGCCGCCCACUCCGAAGGCCCCUGCGGCUGCCGGGCGCUCGGGGUUCUGAGCUGCUUCCUCCAGGUCGGUGCGCGAGCGUCCAAGGGUCCAGGUGUAGCAGGUCCUGGCCCGGGGAACAGGACACCCCAGUCCCCGGACUCCCGCUGUCCUGUCACAGUACCUGCUCCAGGUGGCCACUGUGCUCAUAUCCAUCACUGUAGAUUCAGCACGCAUCAUCACCUCCCCCCAGCAGUUCCGGUCACGCCAACAUCUGGAGAAGGGGCCGCCAGGUCUGUCUGCUGCCUGGGGUGGGGAUUUGCAUACCAAGGACACUCCACCCAGCCUGGGACAAUGGGGAGGAAGAAAAUUCAGAUCUCACGCAUUCUGGACCAAAGGAAUCGGCAGGUGACAUUUACCAAGCGGAAGUUUGGGCUGAUGAAGAAGGCCUAUGAGCUAAGUGUACUCUGCGACUGUGAGAUCGCCCUCAUCAUCUUCAAUAGCGCCAACCGCCUCUUCCAGUACGCCAGCACGGACAUGGACCGUGUGCUACUGAAGUACACAGAGUACAGUGAGCCUCACGAGAGCCGCACCAACACCGACAUCCUUGAGACACUGAAGCGGAGGGGCGUGGGCCUUGAUGGACAAGAGCUAGAGCCAGAGGAGGUGAUUGAGGGGCCAGGAGAGAAGCUGCGGAGGCUGGCAGGUGAUGGGGGUGACCCAGCCUUGCCCCGACCCCGGCUCUAUCCAGCAGCUCCCACUAUGCCCAGCCCUGACAUGGCAUAUGGGGCCCUGCCCCCACCAGGCUGUGACCCCAGUGGGCUUGGGGAGGCCCUGCCUGCCCAGAGCCGCCCAUCCCCCUUCCGUCCAGGAGCCCCUAAAGCUGGCCCCCCAGGCCUUGCGCACCCUCUCUUCUCGGCAAGCCACCUUGGCAGCAAGACACCACCGCCCCUGUACCUGGCAGUGGAUGGGAGGAGGCCAGACCUGCCUGGUGGCCUGGCUGGGGCCCGAGGGGGACUGAGCACCUCGAGAGGCCUCUAUGGUAGCCUGCAGAGUCCGUGCUCCACUGCCACCCCAGGACCCCCACUAGGGAGCUUCCCCUUCCUCCCUGCAGGUCCCCCAGAAUAUGGCCUGGGAGACCCCCCUCCGCCCGCAGGCUUGCUGCAGCCCCCCACCCUGGCCCCCUGGCAGCCCUCCAGGGGUGAUGGGCCCCCAGUCACCCCCGCCCAGCCCAGUGGGGGCCGCAGCCUGGGCGAGGAAGGCCCUCCAGCCCGCGGUGCCUCCUCGCCCACCCCACCAGUCAGCAUCAAGUCCGAGCGCCUCUCGCCGGCCCCUGGAGGCCCCGGCGACUUUCCAAAGGCCUUCCCCUACCCCUUGCUCCUGGCCCGGCCCCUGGCAGAGCCCCUACGGCCUGGGCCCCCCCUGCGCCGGCUGCCCACUACCGACGGCUGGCCCCGGUAGUAGGCCCGGGGGUGGCACCGAUUCUGCCCCUCACACCAGGCGAGGUGAGGGCACGCGGGGUCCCAACCUUCCUCCCUGUGUCCUUGGAGAAGACCCAGCAGUUACGACCCUCUCCACGGCAGGGGCCUGGAGGGGGGAAAGCCUGGUUCGGAUCCAAGGUUGGGGUGCUCGUUUCCCCCUUCCCGUGUGUGUGUAUCCAUCAAUAAAACACACGGGGCAUCCGUG